UUUUUGACUAAAUAAUUUUUUGUCUAAAAGUGUUUUGUACGAAUUAUUUUUUAUAAACAAAAAUGAAUGCCAUAACAUAGAAGAAAUGUAUAAAAAUACAGAGGAAUUUCGUGGGAAAACCAACAAUCAAAAAUAUUAAUCGCGAGUUUAUUUUGGUAACAAAAUCCACCAAGAUCACAAAAUUCGUCCAAUAUACACACAAACAUAUCGAAAAGAAAAAAAUAGACGAAAACGAUCCGAGAGCAAGACACAAAUUAAUAAGCAAAUAUGCGCGAGAACUCUUUUACAUUACACUCAAAACAAGCGCGUGAAUUGAGAAAGUGAAUUUUUGUCUCAGUUUGACUGUGUCAAGUAUUUGAAAAUCUAUCGCGACUACCAAAUAACAACGAUUACAUAAUUUUUUAUUUACAUUUCACAAUAUUCACACUUUUGGAAACAAUACGACAACGUGCGAACUAAUAACGAUUUAAACCUAUUUACAUAUACAAAUCAUUUUUGGAAUAGUUCAUACUAUUGAAGGUGUUGCGCAAAAACCGUUAUUAUUUAUUAUACAAUCGCUUGAAGGUUUCAGUUUUUGUUUUCAUUAAUUUAAACAGUACAGUGAAGAUAAAAAGAGAAAAAAAAAAUUCAAUAAUAGUCACCUGACAUUCUUCGAAAGUUCGAUCCUGUGAGCUAAAAAAUAUUAUUACAAUAUAAUUGCGCAACUGAAUCAAGAUGAGUAAGGAACAAACCAGACUGGACACAUCCAAGCAAGCAACUAGCCCUGAAGACUGUGAUGAUUUAAGUCCAAUGCCUCAGUCACAGGUUCCGCCAGUUCGAAGACGUGGUGGCAUUUCAGCCGAACCAGUUACGGAAGAAGAUGCCACCAGCUAUGUGAAAAAGAUUGUUCCAAAAGAUUAUAAAACUAUGGCAGCAUUAUCAAAGGCGAUUGCCAAAAAUGUUCUUUUCUCGCAUUUGGAUGAAAACGAAAGAUCCGAUAUAUUUGACGCCAUGUUUCCAGUUAAUUGUAUGCAAGGUGAAGCAAUUAUACAGCAAGGUGAUGAGGGUGACAAUUUCUAUGUUAUUGAUCACGGUGAAGUUGAAGUAUUCGUUAAUAACGAUUUGGUUACAACAAUUCAAGAGAGUGGCAGCUUCGGUGAAUUAGCUUUAAUUUAUGGUACACCACGUGCCGCUACCGUUCGUGCAAAAACUGAUGUCAAACUGUGGGGUAUAGACCGAGACUCAUAUCGUAGAAUUUUAAUGGGUUCAACAAUUCGUAAACGUAAAAUGUACGAAGAAUUUUUAUCACGCGUAUCGAUAUUAGAGAGCCUAGAUAAAUGGGAACGCUUAACAGUGGCUGACGCAUUGGAACCAGUCUGCUUUGAAGAUGGUGAGACAAUUGUUAAACAAGGUGAAGCAGGAGAUGAUUUCUACAUUAUUGUUGAAGGCUGUGCAGUUGUACUACAACAAAAAAAUGAGAAUGAGGAGGCGACCGAAGUUGGAAGAUUGGGGCCAAGUGAUUACUUUGGCGAAAUUGCAUUACUAUUGGAUCGUCCACGCGCAGCCACUGUUAUUGCUAGAGGUCCACUUAAGUGUGUGAAAUUGGAUCGACACAGAUUUGAACGUGUUUUGGGUCCUUGUGCUGACAUUCUAAAGCGGAAUAUCACUCAAUAUAAUAGCUUUGUCUCACUAUCAGUCUAAAAGCAAUUAUUGCAUUAAAAUUAUGGAAACGGAGAUAUGCCACAUUUUUCCAGUAACAGAAUAUAAGUUUCACUAUCAAAUAUAAUCAAAUUUCUUGAAAACAGGAUACAAAUAAAGUUGAGUUUUUAACAUAAAUAAUUGCAAUCAUGUAACAAACGCGAAUCGAAAUUCUUAUGGAAAUAAAAUGACCAAACAUUCAUAAAUCAUAACACAGUUGAUUACGUGUUAAUUGUGACUAAA